UUACAAAGCAUCUUCAUAGUGAUCAUCUUGAGAUUAUCAAGAAGGUCUCUAGUUUUGAAUUAGUAUCUUCUUCUCAGAGAUAUCAUUCAUUCAAUAUGACGGAUCCUAAUGAGAGUUUGGUCAGAUUGGUUCUAAUGAGCGUUCUAAACUUGAUCAUCCACGGACCGCAGUUGCCUGAUCUGGAUGGUUUGAAAUCGGCUAGAUCUGAAUACAGGCGAAGACGUUUCAGGCGUUACAGGGAAAAAGUGGAAACCCGCACCAGGAAUCUCUUGCAGUUCCUAAGACAGUUUGAGCGUUUAACAAUUGGGACGAUGUACAUGAUCGACUGGAUAAUCACUGAUGCCUUUAAGAAGGUCCAGUACAAAGAAAUAAAAGGACGCGGUCGUUCUAUAAAGGAAAAGAACCUCAAAUUUACUGAUGCGGAAUGGGUAGAAAAAUUUAGCAAUAUGUUCAAAGAAAUGAACCGUAUCAUUAACAAGAGGUUUGACAAGAAAUCAAAAACCGAGAAAAAUGCCGAACUGAAGCUAAAAAUUAUUAGAUCAAAAGUAAAAGUUCUCGGAACCUUUAUGGAGUUAUCAGGAAAAUUAUUGAAUAUUCCCCAACUGGUCGAUGUUGGCAAAGUAUGUGUUGUGAAUGAGCCUCAAAAACGCCCAAAUAUGGACACUGUGAUAAACAUGCUGGACAAUGGGUACCUUUCAAUUGGUACAAAAAUAAAACACGUAUUUAAAAAUGCUUUCAAUAAAAUGUUUAAACGUUAUAUCACUCUUGUGUUUUCUUAA